AUGGUAUGCUUUUUUCCGCAUGUUUUCGUUUCGUUUGCGUUCGCUGUUGCUCUACUGCCUGCGUUUGCAAGCGCAAAGCGUGUCAAGGGCACUCUCAAUAGCGAGGAGGACUGGGAUUUUCUCGCUCGUUUCUGUUAUGUAAGCGAAGGCGGUAGUCUCAAAUACAACGUCACAUAUCGUAUGGAUUUCUGCUGUCAGACUCUCUUGCUGUACUUUGACUCGCCGUAUCAAUGGCCGGCGGCUUAUGAUUCUCAUCUGAACUGCACUGAACGUGUGGCUCUCCUGAAUUUUGGAAGAAACCAGAAAAUCUAUCUCCAUGUCAGUGGACGUCAUUCUGGCUGUUUCAUGGAAAUACAUAAUUUAGAUUAUUACUUACGUUGUGUUGGUACACGCAUGUUUACGUCAGCUCGGGAUCGCUGGUGGUAUGUUGCACUCAGCAGAUGUGGAUCAAGAAAUGGUUUAAGAUUGGAUUACGAUUUGCAUUUUACUAAUCCCGGAAAUUUCUGGAAAGAAGAAUUCUCGGCUGACGAACAAGGCAUCCUGGAAACAGACAUUACGUUCUCUAUCUUCCUCUUCGUCAUCAUGUGUUUUUCAUUUGUCAGCGGACGUAUACUCGCAGAACAAGGAAUGCUACACACAACAUACAAACUCUUUUUGGUAUCAGUCAUACUACAAGAAAUAGGAUUUCUGAGUCUCACUCUACACUACGGCAUUUAUGGUAACGACGGCAUGGGAGUGAAACAAAUCAAAGUGAUCGGUCGUCUGGUGUCUGCUGCCAGUGAGAUUGUGUUCUUGCUUACUUUGCUUCUUCUGGGCAAGGGAUGGACGGUUGUGCGUGGUCGCCUGACGUAUCAGAGUCAAUUUCGGUUGACUCUAAUGAUGUCGAUCUAUACGAUCAUGUAUGCUGGGAUGUUCAUAUGGGAAGCUGUAGCAUUUGAUCCUGCAAAAGUUCUCUACACGUACGACAGUCCAGCUGGCUACGGUUUUGUAGCACUCAGUAUCAUGGCUUUCUGUUGGUUUACAUACAUAGUCAUGACGACCGUGAAACAUUAUCCGGACAAGAAGCUGUUUUACAUUCCUUUCUAUUUCUUUUAUUCGAUGUGGUUCUUGGCUCGACCUGUUCUUGUGCUGAUUUCGAAUCAUCAUAUACAGGAUUAUUCAAGGGAGAAAGUAGUCAACGGUGUCAGUGCCGCCAUCACAUUUUUUGGUUACCUUAUUUUCUUGAUUCUGACAAGACCAACGGCUGCCAACACAAACUUUCCCUUCCACAUACGAACGGCACAGGUUGAUAUUGUUCGAGAUGAUGAUGAUGAUGAUGAGUCUCAUCCUUAUGCUCCAUCUUCGUAUGUUGGAAAAGCCAGUCCUGGUUUUCAAGAGCUUUUUUCGGCCUCCAGAUCUCCUGAGAAUAGAGUUUCAUCAGAUAACAUUGCUACAAGUGGCAGACCAAGGCGUCAAGUGUUUACCAGUACCAGUAGGAACACGGAUCCUAAUUCGUCGGGUCAAUCCCUUUCCAACGAUCGACCCAUUCCCAUGCAGUUGUUUUCAGCAUCCUCUCCAGCCCCACCCCCUGCCUACGAUGAAGUGUCAACAACAUGAUGUGGCUACAUACAAUGUGUAUUAAUAUCAACUUUGUAUGAUAGUAUUGUAAAUAGAAAUUGCAUUUAAAUUGAAUCAGACAUUAUUGGAUUUAUUGAAAUUGUUACGUAGAUUUUAGAAAUGCAAUUUCAAAUUACUGAAAAUUUUCAUA